GAUUUGGCAGAGAUUUAGUGAAACGAUGUCUUCAGAAUGGCUUAACAGUUUUUGCAGGAUGCCAAUUUGAAAGUCAUAUAAAUGAACUGGAAGAAAGCUACAGCUCCAUCAGCCAAGGUCGACUGCAGGCAUUUCGGAUGGAUGUCACCAAUGACGAGAGUGUUCGAGAAUCCAGAGAAAUUGUAGACAGGGUUUUAAAGGAAAAAAAUCUCGUUCUUCAUGCUUUAGUCAAUAAUGCUGGUGUUCAAGGUCAUUUUUUUUACGAUGAUUUCUUGAUUUUGGAUGAUUACAAAGAAGUAUGGGAUGUGAAUACAUAUGGCGUGAUACGAGUAACACAUACAUUUCGAGACCUUAUCAAGAAGUCCAGGUGUGGUUUCGCGAAAAUUUAUCGAUUUUAA